AUGCCAGCACUCAGAAAUGCAACAUCAACACCGUCAUUCGGAGCUACUCAGCGCAGACAUCCUGCCUCAUUGAUGCCAGUUUCAAGUCAUGCGCCGGCGCUAGUGGAUCUCAUGCGCUCUCCGAUUUCUGAACGUAUGGUUGAAGCACUCGCUCAAAAAGUCUCAGAAAUCAUUCCAGUAAGACCAGAAAGCAACGGCAACAACAGCCCAGAAUACUCACACAACAGCGGUUAUCCAAGUCCACCACCUAGUCCAGUCAAGCCGCGCUUGGCAAAGGUGGGACAUGUUGCUGCCGAAAUGUCCAGAGGUCCGCCACCACUCAAGCAAUUUAUCAAGACGGUUCUCAUCGAGUCUGGCUGUCAAGUGGCUACAGUACUGUGUACUUUGGUGCUCUUAGAUAGGUUGGGAUCGAAGCUACCACCAGCUGCCAAAGGCAUGCCAUGUACUCGUCACAGAGUCUUUUUCGCAGCUAUGAUCAUAACCGCAAAGUCACUUAAUGACUGUUGUCCUAAGAAUCGUCACUGGAGAAAAUAUGCUUGGUCGUCUGUUAGAUUUGCAUUGGAGGAAAUUCAUUUGAUGGAGAUCCAGCUACUCGACCUUCUUGAAUUCAAUAUCGGGUUUAGCGAAGCCGAGUUGAUAAGACAUUCUAAACAAUUCAUGAGAAUGCCACUGUCUAAUCCAAAUAAAUCGCCACCGCAAUUCAAGCCAAUACCUUCAGCCAAGGCUCCAUCUCCACUGAAACCAGCACUGAAGACUGCCAAGUCUAUGCCAGCAGUUCGUCAAGCGCAAACGCAACCACCCAUGGUGUCUAGAAAUACGGGAAUGCCUGGAGCAUUCUCACCUAGUGCUUUGGACAAUGCGUUGAAGUCUCAGCUCCCUUCAGAUUUGGUUAGUAAGAGGGCGUCUAAAGACAUGUCGGUGUCUUCUUCAUCCGAUGGUGGUAGCAGUCUGCCUGCAACGCCAUCAGAUGUUGCAAGCGUCAGCAAGCCUACACUGGCACUUGCUAUGGCUUUGGAAAAUCGGAAGGGUAGCGGAGGUGCUGCAAAAGACGAAGAUGUGGACGAAAGUCUCACUAUGCUUCCAGCCCAUCUCACAGCUCCAGCUAAAUCAAUGCACGCUCCAGGUAUUGCUGGUUUGAUCUCGCGUAUAAUGAAGCAUCCUGGUGGUCACGCACAGCACCAACCAAACAGACGGAAUCAAGAUACUGCUCCGUUAGUCUAA